GUGUGUCGGGGCCGGCGUUCCCUUCUCUGACAUGGCUGCCGGGGCCUCAGCCCUGAGGGAGGGUGAUACGCACGGAGUGAUCCUGCAGGCGGCGCUGUGGGUCCCCGGCGGAGGCGGAUCACGGUGGAGGAGACGGAAAGAUGUCCAACCAGGAGGACCCGGUGCAGAGGGAGAUCCACCAGGACUGGGCCAACCGGGAGUACAUCGAGGUUAUCACCAGCAGCAUCAAGAAGAUCGCCGACUUCCUCAACUCCUUCGAUAUGUCCUGCCGUUCCCGACUGGCGACACUAAAUGAGAAGCUGACGGCGUUGGAAAGGCGGAUUGAAUACAUAGAAGCACGGGUGACCAAAGGAGAGACCCUCACUUAGAGGCAUCGCUGCAACAUACAUUUAAAUAUUUUAUAUACAGAUAUACGCUAUGGACUUCACUUCCAAAUAAUCAUCAUCAUCUCUCCUUUCUGUAAAUCACUGAGUUUACGGCAUUAAUGCUUAAUGUCCCGCCAUCAUUCCUGUGUAUUAUGCUUUAUUAUUGGUUAACGAGGCACUGAGGCUCUGCUAACUCUCCACCUCAUACAGAAUGGGAACUGGUUUUGUUCUUCUGUUUUUCUUUUGUAUCAAUGUUUUUGUCUAAGUUUGUGUUAAAAUAAAUGUAAACGGUGAGACCA